AACUUGGGUGCUUUUCGCACCUAUCCAACUGGUUACCGACCUCCUGACGAAAGCCCGUCCGAGUAUCAGUCCAUACCAAUGGAUAAAAUAGAGGAUUUUGGUGUACACUGUAAACAGUACUAUGCUCUAGAGGUUUCGCACUUCAAAUCUGUCCUCGAUAAACGAUUACUGGAUCUGCUAUGGAAUAAGUAUUGGGUCAAUACCCUGAGCUCGGUGAGCAUUCUCGCGCAACCGGACUACUUGGCUGAUUUGACCAAAGAUUUGGCGGAAAAAGUAGAGCAUGCCUGCUCCUCGGUAAGUAUACAAAACGUGUUAACACAUCGGUUCCCGGCGCCUGGCACCGAAUGUCUAUUUUGUUUUCUUUUCCUGCAUUAA